CUCUCCUGCAGCAGCAGCAGCGCGUCAAUCAUCUCCCGCUACAACGACCACAACACGGCGCGGGUCAGACGUUGAGGAACGUCCACCUUUCUACCUGGCAGAGCGGGUUAAGUAAUGACUGGUGAACACGCCCUCCCUCCACUACUUCUGACCAAGAAGAAGUUAUGGAUGUUCUGGGCGGCCGGCAGAGACGAGGCGAGGUAAGCCGCGGCGUGCUCAGCCGCCGGCGCAGGGCGGCCCGGAGGAUGAAGCGGGACGCGGGCUCGGUGCUGCGCUCGCUGGGGGGCGAGCACAACCGGAGGACCGGGCAUGAGGAGCAGGAGGAGGACGGCGGGGAGGACUGCUUCUCCAUCAGCUUCGUGCGGGGCGGGCUGGCCGCGGGGCUGGCCGGGCCGCCCCGCUACUCCCUGCUGCGGGAGGUGGGCCGCGGCAGCUACGGGGUGGUGUACGAGGCCGUGGCCCGCAGGACCGGGGCCCGCGUGGCCGUCAAGCGGCUGCAGUGCGACGCCCCGGAGAACGUGGAGCUGGCGCUGGCAGAGUUCUGGGCCCUGACCAGCCUGGAGAACCGGCACCAGAACGUGGUGCAGCUGGAGGAGUGCGUGCUGCAGAGGAACGGCCUGGCCCAGAAGAUGAGCCACGGGAACAAGCGGUCCCGGCAGUACCUGCGGCUGGUGGAGACCUCGCUCAAAGGGGAGCGCAUCCUGGGUUACCCCGCGGAGCCGUGCUACCUCUGGUUCGUCAUGGAGUUCUGCGAGGGCGGAGACCUCAACCAGUACAUCUUGUCUCGGCGGCCCGACCCCCAGACCAACAAGAGCUUCAUGCGCCAGCUGACGAGUGCCAUAGCUUUCCUGCACAAGAACAACAUCGUCCACCGAGAUCUGAAACCAGACAACAUCCUCAUCUCGCAGAGUUCUGGUUCUCCUGUGCUGAAGGUGGCGGACUUUGGUCUCAGUAAAGUUUGUGCUGGCCUGAGCUCCAAGAACGCCGAGGAACGCCCCACGGCUGGAGCUGGCGCCAAGGGAACCAACCAGAACAACCUUGUCAACAUAAACAAGUUCUGGUUGUCGUCAGCUUGCGGGUCAGACUUCUACAUGGCCCCCGAGGUGUGGGAGGGCCACUACACGGCCAAGGCUGACAUCUUUGCCCUGGGCAUCAUCAUCUGGGCGAUGAUCGAGAGGAUCACGUUCAUCGAUGCAGAGUCGAAGCGUGAGCUGCUGGGCACCUACAUACGGCAGGGCACAGAGAUCGUACCCGUUGGGGAGGCGCUGUUGGAGAACCCCAAGAUGGUGCUCCACAUCCCCCAGAAGGCCAGAAGCUCCAUGUCUGACGGGGUGAAGAAACUCCUUCAGGACAUGCUGGCAGUCAACCCUCAGGACCGACCGGACGCCUUUCAGUUAGAGAUGCGGAUGGACCAAGUCACGUGUGCUGCGUGACGGACUUCAACUUCCAAAAACCUUUCUUUUUUUUUUUUUUUUUUUAUAACCCCAAACCAGUCAAAGAAGGGACCAUUUCCUUUCCAGCUUUGUCGACUACACGGACUCCAGUGGAACAAAGGGACUCUGACAAACUGAACUGUGAAGACUCCACUUAACCCGAGUUGGGCUGGAAGUGAAAGACUGGACGAUUAUUACAAAACUCUGGGACACAAACAGUAUGCAAAUGCGCGCCAACCACCCUCCUGUUAGAGCCACCGUCACUGUGGAGCGCAGGACGUGCGACGGGGGGACAGAGCCAGAGUGACGUCACAGCCCUGGCAGGAUGUCGUCCAGGGUCUCGUCAGUGGUGGUUGUCCAUGUUUUGAUUUUUUUUUUUUUUUGUUGAGAAUGGGCCUAUUCUUCCUGGACGUUUGCAGACUGUGCCGCAGGUACCAGACUGUCCCUCCUCGGUGUUGGUGGGUCCAGCAACGGCCCGCCCGCCCGUCACCGCACCCACAAGAGUAAAAAUGAUCAACCAUCGACCCCUCUACCGCCCCGCACAGCCGAGUGCCUUAAAAGCGAUUCACCCCAAGUGCGAUUCGAUCUCCAAAUUACGUGAUUUUUAUUUAUUUAUUUAUUUUUUUCACAGUGAAAGCGCACAAAACAAGAGAGAAUCUUCAGAAGUCUGGACUUGUGAAGUUUCUGUCUUCAGAAAUGUGAUGCUCACAAAAUGAACCGAUUGUUUUUGAUAAUGUCACUUUAACAAACGACAGUUAUGAUUCCAACAAAGCGACAGACAAAAGCCGAUAUGACGAAGGCGUUCCCGUAGAGACGCGCCGCGUCGAUGUCCGACAGAUCUGUGCCACGUCCCCAAGGCGACGUUCUCGUUCUCACGAGGCAGCAAAGCCUUCAUCGACUCCUGCGAAAAACUGUGCAAUUGUAACUGAAUGAUGUCCAACGAGAGUCCAGACCGGUCCUGUUGGGCGUCAACUCCUGUUGAAUCCAAAGAGCGCUUGUUGAACCAAGUGCGUUUACAUGUUUAUUAUCGGCGCAGCGUCUUGUUUGCGAAUAUAAACAUGACACGACUUUGACUUUUGUGGGACUCUGAACAAUCUGAAAGAAAUGUCUGAUUUACAUUCAACGAUGUUGAGCUGGUGGGGGAAACACAACCAUCUGUGGUCGGGGGAUGCUGGGAGUUGUCCCGUAAGCUUACUACCUUUCUUGAGUUUCAGGGCUUGUGACGGAUUUGAUGUGAAAUAGUAGCUUUACACCUGAGCAGUAUUGAGUGUUUGAAUCUCCCACGAUCCAAUCUGAUCUGGGGACUUCCAGAGGAAAUUAGAAGAUCUGAAUAUCAUCCCCAAGUGCAGCCUGGGGGAUACUUAUCUGAACUGCCUCUUCCUUGCUUCCUUGCUUCCUUGCUUCCUUCCCUUCCCCACUUUAUUGAAGUGUUCCAGCCUCUUGGCUCUGACUGAGCUGAGGGGAGGUCAUAGCAGGUUUGAGCCCCGCCGUUACGGCACCCUGGGGUUCAGAGAAAUACACUGAGCCACAAGGAUUUCCAGGAAUAUAGAGAAGAACAAAAAAACGCAAAAAGGGAGCUGUCGACGUGCGCUCUGGCGGGUCUGAGAAGUAAAGGGAUGUACGUUCCAGAUGUUUAUGACUCCGCCAGCAGACUUUAGCUUUCACGGCGCUUCCGUUUAACGACUCUGCAGUAGUAGAUUUUUGUUGCGUGAUUCUACCUCAUGCUUAGCGCUCUUAACCAUCCUCUACUUUCUCUUGAGAACCCUUUUCUGAGUUCCUGGUACGGGGGGAACUUUGCUUGAGUGGAAUAGAUUCUUACCUCAAACUCCACGUCUUACUUAGAAGCACCCUCUCACCAACUCUUCCUUUUGGUGUUUUAGCUACAACAGGCUAUUAUUUCAGUUUUUUUUUUCUCAUUUUUUUUUUAAUGACAAGUGCGACACCUUCCCUACUAACCGUCGUAUCACGCAGCAGCGGCGUGUUGUCUUCGUUCAGGAACUGCAGCUCCACUGAGGUUGUACCGGGGACCUCUGCCUGCAGGCCUCAGUAUGUUUGAAACAAACUAGUUUGUAGUAUGUUGUACUGAUAAAAAGAUGAUGGUAAGCCAAGUUUUGAGUUGCUAAGUUAAAGGUCCAGUGUGCGUUAUGCAGCGACAUCUAGUGGCACAAAUGGGAAAUUGCAUCCAACUGAAUACUGUGAAAGUUUCCCCGAACUGCUGUUGCAGGAUCAUGUUUACCCGCUCAACCCGGACAUCUCUGGACGUGACUGGAGUUGCCAUGGAGAUGUGAAACUCAUAUUACAUUUCAGUGCUGAGACUGUCGUUGUCACACUGGAACUUUAAUAUAAAGGAAUCAAAAGUUCUCAGUUGUAUUUUAAUGAAUAAUUCAGAAAAAGUACUUGCCAUGAUUAUUAUUUUUUUACAUUUUAAGCACCUUGUCUUUGUGGAAGGUUUCACGUGCACUUUUAAAGAUGCAUGUGGAGACAGAAACAAAAGAUUGUCAGCUUGUUUUCAGCAUACUGAGACCUGAAAGGUCGUACUUGGACCAAAAACACAAGCGCACCUAAUUUGACCCAACGGUGCCGGGUGUAGGAUUUUUACAUGACUGCUUUAUUUUUAGUCUUUUAAUUUAAUACAAGCUUUUAUCAAAAAUGAGCUUGCUGGUUAGCGUGAGCGAGCCUGGACCCUCGGAGGAGCUGCGGAUGUUGAAUUUUACCCGUUUUUUAAAAUGUGAAGGUUCCGGGAUCAGGAUUUGGGCUUUUUUCUAGCAGACUUCGUGUAGCUCGUAGAAAAUCGUUGUGUACGCUUCAAGAUGCCGAGUCGACGUCUCCGUGUGCGUUUUGUUGAACCUACCCGGGUUAAAUCACGUGGGCGGUCGUGUUCACACUGAUCCGCCGCUGCUGGGAGGUUCUACCCGCCCGCCCCGCCGCCGCUGUGUUUUCUAUGAGCCCGUUCUCGUAGCUCUCUUUAGACUUUUUAUGAUUCCACUUGAACACUUUACACUAUGCAAUGAACUGUUCACUGCCUCACUGUAAACGCCGCACGGAGCCGCAGCAUCCCAAGCUCUCGUUGGGUCUCUCCAGCUCUCUUCUAGUAGUGCUUAUUUCCAGUGUACAGAAAUGUCUCUGUUGUCGUGUAAGAUGAAAACUGUUUUUGUUACAGAAGCUGACAGGAGCCAUUAGAUGUUUGAGAAAGCAUCGUUUUUCUUUUUGCUGUAAAUAUGUUUGACAACUUUUCUUGGAAUAAACGAUUA